ACUCGUCACUUCUCUAAUUUAUGUGCAAGUGAAGAGUUAACAAUGUCUCUCAUCAGCUUCUCCGCUUCUCAUUUUGCUCUCUUCUUCUCUUUCUUUCUUCUCUUCUCUACUGUUUCUACUUUUAACAUCACCAGAAUCCUAAGCAACUACUCGGAUUUCGGCAACUUCAAUGAUAUGUUAUCACGAACCCAAUUAGCAGACGCCAUUAAUAGCCGCCGAACGAUCACCGUCCUCGCUGUUGAUAAUGGCAACGUAUCCCCUCUUAAUGGACUAUCAUCGGAUGUGCAGAAGAGGGUCUUGAGCCUGCAUGUGAUAUUGGAUUAUUAUGAUCUUGCAAAGCUCCAAAGAUUGUCAAAGAAAUCUGCAAUUCUCACCACCCUUUACCAGUCCACUGGCCAAGCCGGAGGCAAAGAAGGGUUCUUGAAUGUGACAGAUAUGGGUGGUGAUCAGGUUGCCUUUGGUUCUGCUGUUGCGGGAUCGAGUCUUAAUGCCAAUUUGGUUCAGUCCGUUACUGCCCAACCAUAUAAUAUUUCUGUGCUGCAGGUUAGCUCUCUAAUAAUGCCUGAAUCUGUUACCAAGAGUAAUACAAGCACAAAAACCCCAUCACCAGCCAAGGCACCUGCACCAUCCAAAGCAAAGCCUCCGGCCCCUGCCUCAGAUAUGGCUCCUGCACCAGCAGAUGCUGACUCACCCACAGCUGAUACACCGUCGAACUCUCCUUCCCCAGCUGCAGAUUCUUCAGCCUCAUCUCCCUUCAUGGAUGGUCCCACGGCAGAUUCUCCUGAUGCGGAUUCUCAUAGUGGGGGUGCAUCAGCCAAUGUUGGAAAAGGAACUAGCCUUGCUAUGGUUGCGAUGAUUUUGUCAUUUGGCUGGGGUCUAGCCAAGAUGAUCUGAUUCAGGAUAGGAAUUAGGAGUAAUAAGGGAGUAGAAAGAUUAGUUCUUUUGCACUCACCAACUGAGGCUGUGUUGGUUGCAGUGCCUCUUUCAAUUCAUUAUGUUUUCUAGGCGUUGAAUGAUUGAAUUAUUUCAACUCAAUCAACUGUUUGCCUUUAAAACUGUUUAAUUUUUGCAAGCCUUCCACCAUAAAUGGAAUCAGAGAUGAGUGCUUGAUUCAU